AAAAUCUAUGACAUUUUUGUCAAUAUCACACCAAAAUUCUAAUUUGCAUCAACAAAAGUCCCGAUUUUUUCGACAAAAUUCCCGUUAGCAUCAACAAAUCCUCUUGAUAAUCAACCCACAAUGUGAAUAAUUCCAAAAUCGAUCGAACCACAUUUUGCAUUCUGUAUUUAACCAAACCGAACAAAAUGGAUGACUGUGCUUGCGGUAACAGCGAACCUAUGGUUGCUGGUGGAGGCCAGCAAGGUUAUUUAAUGGACGAGUCCUGUCCAUCCUUUGUCAUAAGUCCAGAAGCGGCAAGAUAUCCUGGAGCGAAUCAAACUUAUCGGGCUUCCUCCCCAGGAAGCCCCAGAGGGUAUAUAAUGAACGAAACUUAUACUGGUCUCGUUUCUGGAAGUCCGGUAGGUUCAGGUUAUCCUGGAGACCAAACUUAUAACAUAUACGGUUCGGGAAGUCCUAAUUUUCCUGGAGAUGUAAUUAACGAAACCUGUCCAAGUCUGGCAUUCGGAAGCCCUAGUCCAAUGGGAGCAAGAUAUAAUGUGGCAACACCUCCAAAACGACUUGGACCUAAGUAUCUCGGUUAUAUAAUGGAUGAAAGUUCCCCAGGUCUCGUUGGAGAUAGUCCAGUAGAUUCAAGAUACCACAGCUAUUUGAUGAACGAAACUCCUCCAAGUCUUGUUGGUAGUAGUCAAAUGGGUCCAAGGUACCAUAGCCAUUUGAUGAACGAAACGCCCCCAAGUUACUUAGCUAGUAGUCCUGUGGGUGCAAGGUACCACAGCCAUUUGAUGAACGAAACGCCUCCAAGUCUCAUAGCUAGUAGUCCAGAGGGCCCAAGGUACCACAGCCAUUUGAUGAACGAAACGCCUCCAAACCUCGUAGCUAGUAGUCCUGGAGGUCCAAGAUACCACAGCCAUUUGAUGAACGAAACGCCCCCAAGUCUCAUAGAUAGUAGUCCUGGGGGCCCAAGAUACCACAGUCAUUUGAUGAAAGAGACGCCACCGAGUCUCGCACCUGGAAGUCAAAUAUACCCCAGUUAUUUGAUCAAUGAAAGCUGUCCAACUUUCGCGUCUGGUGGACCUGCUGAUUUUUCCUCAAAUGCCGGUCAGAGAAGUCCUGCCAGAUAUGGUGUAAAUCUUCAACGUAGCGCUCUACCCCCUGGAACUCCAGAUUUAUUUGGCGCUUCAGGUGGAAGUGACUUCCUUGUAUCUGCAGGCUUUGAUAUCCAGUCCUGGCCACAAAUAUCCGGCGGGCCUAUGUCAACACCUACCGAUUCCUUCUUGGUAUCUGGAAGCGGUACACCAUCGCCACAAAGAGCAGCAAAAGUCAGACGUGAAACCCCAACUUCAAGCCCACAGGCACAUUCUCGAAACCAGAUUGCUCUACCUUCCGAUGUAGAGCCUCCUUGUCCUUGCCCCGAUGAGAAGAUAAAAUCGAUAGCAAAAAGGAGUUUCACUCCGGCUUCUAUUAAAGAGGCCCGCAACAACAUAACGGAAUCUAUAGAGUCGCAUUUGAAGAAAGAGGAACCGUUGGAGUUCAACGCUGUCGUCAAUUCGGUCAAGAAUUAUCAGGCGUUGAGGAGGCAAGUGAUUUCUGGGCAUGGGCCACCGAAGGAUGUGGAAGAUGUUGGCCCUUACGCGUCGUUCCAUGGUGGUAUGAGCAGUAAGAAGGCUUCGUCCCCACAGGGAUGCCCUGCUAGUCGACAUCGAUGAUUGUCAGGUGGAACCUAUAAUCUCGCCACUAGAAAUGAACUACCCUGAUAUGCUUCGUAACUCCCUUGCUAAUAUCCAUGAGAGAAGGGCAAAAAGUGCCGAAAUGUAUCAGACAAGCAGGCAUAACUUCUUAUUGGA